UAGUACCUCUUCAUUCAUAGCUCAAUCAUUCUUCUUUGCUUCAAAGAAAUGGAAAACCACUACUCUUCCUACUUGUUCUACAUAGCUAUCUUUUCGUUUUUUACUCCAAUUUUAUUCAGAUAUUUUUUCCAUAGAAAAAGAAAUCUCCCACCAAGUCCAUUUUCAUUUCCAAUAAUUGGUCAUCUUUACCUUCUCAAAAAUGCUCUUCAUCUUACUCUAACAUCUUUAUCAGCUAAAUAUGGCCCUGUUUUAUACCUCAAAUUAGGCUAUAAUAUGCCUGUGACUGUUGUGUCUUCUCCAUCUGCUAUCGAAGAAUGUUUAACAAGAAACGAUGUUAUAUUUGCAAACAGACCUAAAACAUUAGCUGGUGAAAAAUUCACCUUCAAUUAUAUUGUUUAUGUUUGGGCACCUUAUGGACAACUUUGGAGGAUUCUUCGUCGUUUAACUGUGGUUGAGUUAUUUUCAUCGCAGAGCCUUUCAAAGAGUUGUACUCUUCGGGAUGAAGAAAUUGCAACUUUUAUCCGUUCUUUGUACAGAUUUUCAACGAUAAAUAGUAGUAAGAAAGUAGAUUUGACGAAUUGGGCUUUUACUUUAGUUUUCAAUCUGAUGACUAAAAUUAUUGCUGGAAAACAUAUUGUGAAGGAAGAAGAUGCUGGUAUGGAGAAAGGGAUCGAAAUAAUUGAAAAACUUAGAGGGACUUUCUUAGUUACUAUAUCAUUUUUGAAUAUGAUUGAUUUCUUGCCAAUUUUGAGAUGGUUUGGUUAUAAAGGACUUGAGAAGAAGAUGGAUGUUAUUCAUAAUAAAAGAAAUGAAUUCCUCAAUAGGUUGCUUGAUGAAUUUCGACACAGUAAAAUUAGUGGUCUAAAGCCAAAUAGCAAUACGUUGAUUGAAACUCUCUUGUCUUUCCAGGAAUCAGAACCUGAAUUCUACACAGACGAUAUCAUCAAAAGUAUUAUGCUGGUUGUUUUUGUUGCAGGAACAGAAACCUCGUCAUCGACAAUCCAAUGGGUAAUGAGGCUUCUAUUAGCUCAUCCUGAGGCAUUGCAUAAGCUAAGAGCUGAUAUUGACAACAAAGUUGGGAACAAACGUUUAGUACGCGAAUCUGAUCUCACCAAGCUUCCAUAUUUACGUUGUGUUGUCAAUGAGACAAUGAGAUUAUAUCCUCCAGUACCACUUCUAUUGCCUCAUUAUUCAACUGAAGAUUGUACUGUGGGAGGAUAUGAUGUACCAAAACAUACAAUGCUUCUUAUCAACGCUUGGGCGGUUCACCGUGAUCCCAAAGUAUGGGAUGAUCCUGAAAAGUUCAAACCAGAGAGAUUUGAGGCUACAGAAGGGGAAACAGAAAGGUUUAAUUACAAACUUAUACCAUUUGGAAUGGGGAGAAGAGCAUGUCCUGGUACUGAUAUGGGAUUACGAGCCGUUUCGUUGGCGUUAGGUGCUCUUAUUCAAUGCUUUGAGUGGCAAAUUGAGGAAGAGGAAAGUUUGGAAGCAAGUUAUCAUGCUAGAAUGAGUAUGCAGAACAAGCCUUUGAAGGCUAUAUGCACGCCGCGCAAAGAUCUUGUUGAGCUUCUGUCCCAACUUUGAGACAGUUUUAUGUAUACUAAGAUCACUCUGCUGCACUUGUAUCAUAGCAAAUGUUGUAAAAUUGAAUCAUGAUUAUGUGAGAAAUAAGAAAAGAGAUGCAAGGUUAUGUAAUGCUCAAGAGAAGAUUGAUUUGUUAUGAGGUGUUUUUGGCUCUCUUAGUAGUAUUUUGGGAAAUAAAAGUGCAGAAUGUGUAAUGCAUAUAGCAUCCUACGUGACAAUUUGCAUCCUACACAGUGGAUUACCUGAAAUAUGUCAUGUAAGACGUGUGUGUCUACUUCAGUGGAUUACCUGAAAUAUGUCAUGUAAGACGUGUGUGUCUACUUGUUCAUUUUAUAUAAAUUUAAGUGUUUAUUUGUAUA